AUGCCUGCCAAACGCAAUCAUCCCCGUUCCUCACCUUCUACUUCCUCAUCAUCCCACGGCGGGGCUGCCAUCUACGCUUCUGAUCAAUUUUUCGCGCCAGAGUAUCCCCCUGCGGAUAUAAACUCCUGGAGGUCGGGUCUCAGUAUGUCGCCUUUUUUCCUGGCCAUGUUCUGUACCUCGUACUUACCGGCUGCCGCCAUCAUGACAGAACGCGAGACGUCCAUGUUCUAUCCACAAACGCCCGACGGACAGGGAUCCCCGUCUAAUUCCGGCUACUACUUCGAUUCAAAUCUUUAUGCGUCCCCACAUGUUACAGGCCAGUACGACUCGACCGCCCGCGUACCAUCGCCGUUCAAAAUAUCGUCUUCGCCCUCAAUGAUGGGCGGUCCGUACCAGGAUAUGCCCAGUAGUACCUCAAAGAAGUCUCGCAAGGACUCGGGAAACUCCUACUCUGCUAGUAGUCGUCUCACAGGUGCCUGCACGCGAUGCAAGCGACUCAAAAUGAAAUGCAGCUUUGCGGACAACGAUAAUACAUGCGCGAGAUGUAUCGUUGGCGGUCAUGAGUGCGUCGUCCUCGGGCGGAAGCCUCGGUCACCAGGCAUGCGUGACAUCCUGCGCAAGCAGAUCAGGGAGAAAGACGUCAUGAUCGACAACCUACUCGCCAAGCUCAACCCGGCGUCAUCAACGGCCACCCCGCUGGCUAUCAAUCCUUCGAAGCUGACACUGACUCCGGAGCAGCGCACGCAGUACCGGGACAUACUUAUGUAUUUGGACAAAGUCCAGGGAUCGUCGAGAGUAUCGAGCGAAGCAGCAAGACAGAAGAUCGACUUGUCCGCCUUCGACGAGGAGUUCGAGGAGGACUCCGAAUCAGAGGGCGUCAGCAGCGGUAUGGAGGACGUUCAAGAGUCCACCCCAUCGUUCCACCUGCACCCACUUCCCGCAAAGCGUGCACCAGCGGGAGUCCUCGCUGCCACCGCGCUCGAGAGCCGCUCACGCCUGUCGUCGCCUGUCUCUGGUCGGGACCCGACGAGCAGUGGCGAAAGCGAUCCCCACGAUGACCCGGCCGAAGGAGGAAUUACCAGCUCUGCCUAUUUCGAGCCUGGGCCAUUUGCAAACCUCGAUCUCAGGCGGCUCAUCGUUGAGCGUCAGGCUGCGCCUGAUAUUAUUCUCUCGGGGCUCGUUAACAAUGAUGAUGUCAGCAACUUGUUUGAAAUAUUUUAUCAGUGGAUAAACCCUGUCAUACCUAUAUUUGAUGAGAACAUCCACACACCGGCAGCGGUGUUAGGUCGCUGUCCUUUCCUGUUCACCGUUGUCUGCACUGUGGCCGCGCGGUACUACGAUGAAAAGCCGGAGAUCUACCCGAUGGCGGUGCAUAUGACCAAGGCAGCCGCCGCGAACGCCUUCCUUGACGGGUGCAAGACGUUGGAAAUGUGCCAGGCGUUCGCCCUCAUGGCUGCAUACAUGCCUCCAGCGAAACGCUGGGACGAAGAUCGCCAAUUUUUCUACAGCGCGCUUGCCUUCCGGCUGGCUCUCGACCUGGAGCUACACCGCGUGCCAGAGACGAUGCCAGCUGAUGAACGUGCCCAGCGUGAAGCACUGAAUCGACUCCGCACGCAUAUCAUCUGCUUCAUUAUCGACCGGUGUUUCUGCAUCAACUUAGGCAAACCCUUCAUGAUCCCGGAGGAUGAGCUCAUCCGUAGCGCCGCUGCGAAGUUCCUGGGGCACAAGUUUUCCCAGGACGCCGAUAAUUAUAUGGUCUCCCUAGUGGAGCUCUUCCGCAUUAUGGGCCGAUUUGCUGCGCUCGUAAACCCGGCCAUGGACUCGAGAGCCGAUCGCAACGGCUUGGACUUGCCAAAUGCCCAUCGGGUGUUCUCGGACGAGCUGCGCUCAUGGAACCAGGUUGCCACAGAUCGAUGUGCUCGAGAGCUAUCUCCCACCGCCAGUCGUGAAGAUCGACUUAGAAUGGGACUCAUGAUCUCUGUAUACGAAUACUGUCGACUGGUCACGUUCUCGGUCGGCUUGCAAGAGAUCUUGAAGCAAGGCAAACUGCAAGAAGAUACGGUGUUCUUUGCCGGGGUAAGCUUUCUCCCCUAUGAUACUCUGUGUUUGCACGCCGCAUCAGCAGUAGUGAACUGUGUCGUGGAACGCAUUCUUCCCACCGGCUUUAUUCGGUACUCGCCGGAGUACGUUUUCGCGCUGUCUGCCUUUGGUGCUGCUAUACUCACAAAGCCAGUGCCUUCGCCCGGAGUUCUCAUGCAAGCUCGACCAGCGCCAAGAGACUCGCGUUGUGGAGCUAAUCAAGCGGCUGCUUCAGGCCAUCGACACGACAAACGUGGGUGA